AUGUUGCAUUGCUCCCACACGCGCUUGAGUGUCACACUUCUCCCACGUGUGGUGACCCUCGGCGUGACCGGCGGCAUCGCGAGCGGCAAGUCCGUGCGGUGCAGCCACGUACUUAAACUCGCGCAGUCACGCGCACGGCAUCCGCUGCACUCCUUCGCCGCACACAGCAUUAAUGCAGACAAAAUAGGGCACGACAUAUACGCCCCGGGGAAGCCGUGCUACUACGAGGUGAUUGCAGCCUUCGGCAAGAACGUGUUGGAGCAGUCGGAGAAAAGGCGGCAAAAUGGGGGCGAGCGCGCGGAACCGCCCAUCGACCGGAAAAAACUUGGUGCAAUUGUCUUCCACACACCUCGCUCCGCAGAGUUGCGGCGGCUCAGCGACAUCUGCUGGCCGCACAUUCAGAAUGCCAUUGAGGAGGAAAUUGAGAAGGUUUCUGUCCUGGCCUUGUCAGACAAGAAGAAUCUGCUGCUGAUAAUAUUAGAGGCCGCUCUUCUUAUUGAGAGCAACAUGUUAUCACUCUGCGACGAUGUGUGGGUUACGACGUGCGACAAGGGUGUUGCUGUGCGCCGCGUCAUGGCGCGCCACCGCGUGCAGCAGCGUGAGGCCAUCGCCCGUGUCGAGGCGCAGCCGAACAUAGAGGAGAAGAUUAAAUUCCUUGAGGACGUGAAGUUUAAGGGCGAGGUCGUAACGUUCGACACUACAGAGGAUACUGUGGAGGAGGGGUUGAGGCGCGUUACCGUUGCGUUUGACACGUACUGGCGGAAAAAACUGGAUGCGUUGCAGAAGGACCCGAAUGCAGAGGCCGCUUCUUUGAACAUGGAGUAA